AUGAAAGCUAACAUCAUUGUCCAUCUAGCGGUACUUGCAAGCGCCACUUUCUCCGUCACAUUGGCAAAGUCUGCCGGAUUAAGGACUUUAUUCGACAACUUCUUUGACAAUAACGACGCCACUGAUAAGAAUGGCGAUCUUUCGCUCACGGAUGACCGAACGUGUGUGUAUCAAAUGGCAUGUCGAGUGACCGAUACCGGCGACCACACGAAGGAACCUCAGCAAAUUCACUUGGCUUAUGCCGGCAAGGAACCUGGCACCGGCAUGGCGAUCUCCUGGGCCACAUUUUCGCUCGAAGAAUCUCCAGCUGUAUGGAUUGGAACUAGCAAAACCACGAUUGCUAUAGUGAAGACUGCGAGAAUUGAAACGAAGUCGUACUACAAGGACGACGACUAUUCUUUGUACAACUACCAUGCUGUUGUGACUGGCCUGAAGCCGUAUACGGAAUACUUCUAUAAAGUGGGUAAUGCUACUAAUCCGAAAGCCCAGAGUACAGUGAGUUCGUUCAUGACGGCUCGUUCAAGUGGAGACAAAAGUCCAUUUGUCGUCGCCGUGUUGGGAGAUAUGGGUACGGAGAAGUACUCUAUUGCUACAAACAAAUACCUUAACAGUUUGGAAACCUGGAACAAGUACAUGAACUCACUGUCCAAAGUUAUGCGUCGCAUGGCGUAUAUGGUAGUAGUUGGUAACCACGAGGCCGAGUGUCACUCGCCGGUGUGUAUACGGUCUACUGAAAAAAAGAAUCAACUGGGCAACUACACCGCCUUCAACACGCGUUUUAAGAUGCCCUCGCACGAGUGCGGUGGAGCACUUAACAUGUGGUACUCGUUUGUGUACGGGUUGAUGCACGUAGUAGCCUGUUCGUCCGAAACAGACUUCCUGAAUCCACCCAGCAACGCGUACUAUACGAACCGCAAGUAUGGUAACUUUGGAAACCAGUUAGCAUGGCUGGAGGCCGAUCUGAAGGCUGCUCAUGCCAACCGUGCAAAUGUGCCCUGGAUUGUUGUUGGCAUGCACCGUCCUAUAUACAGCUUAUAUUCUUGCGAUGCUGACGGCACGCCCACCGGUGUCGACAGUUCUCUUGAACUACAAAAAGCUUUUGAAAAACUUUUGAUCAAGUACGAGGUGGAUCUGGUGUUGGUAGGCCACGUGCACUCCUACGAGCGACAUUACCCGACCGCAGACAACAUUGUCUACAUGGAUGGAGUGUCUAAGGAUGGAAGGACGUACACUAACCCGUGUGCUCCGGUGCAUGUGGUUACGGGACACGCUGGUUGUUCAGAAGGUCUAAACAGCUAUAAAAAGGCUCCUUCUCCGAAGUGGCUUGCUGCCAAGGAUGAUUCUCACUAUGGUAUUACGAUGCUUUCAGUUACGGCAACGAAUCUUACCGUCACAAUGAUAGAAGCUGCCACGGAAAAGGUGUACGACGAGUUCUCCAUUAUUAAAAAGAAGACCACUCAAACUCAAACCGACUAUUGA